AUGGCAGUUUCCUCUGCUUUGGUUUCCAGCAAUGGGAGCCAGGGUAAAAGGAGAGGCCUUCUUGUUGACAACAGAGAAAGGGUUCUUGAAAAUACCACCCGGCAGCAGUUCUACCAGAGCGACCGCGUGAAGCAGUUUCACAGAGACCUCCUGCUGACGGAGACCUUGAAUGAAAGAAAGCUGCAGAUUGAGCGCAAUCAGCGAAUGAGGGAUGCGGCCAACGAGGAAGCCAGGAAGCUAGUGGCCGAGCUGAAACGCGCCGAGGCGGAGGCCAUGGAUCAGGAGCGACAGAAAGAGAGGCAGCGGGAGAUGAAGAAGAAGGCGUACGCGGACGACCUGAGGCAGCAGAUGAGGGAGAUGGAACAACAGAGGACGCAGAAGAUGCUGGAAAGGCAGAGGGAGAUGCAGGAGUGCGAGCAAAUGCGGAGGCAGUACGCGACGGAGCAGAGCAGGCUCAGGCAAAACCAACGGCAGGAGGAGAUGAAGGCCAUGAACUCGUACCUGGAGCACCUGGCGGACAAGCGCAGGGACAGGGAGACGGAGGACAAGCGGGAGGAGGUGGCGGAGGAAGGGCGGCGGCGCUUUGUCGUGGAGAAGGACCAGUGGACGCAAGCGAGCAACGAGGACCACGCCGACGGGUUCCGGCGCAGGAUGCGGCGCAGCGAGGUCCUGGGCGCCAAGCUGGAGACGCAGGCGCGCGAGCAGGCCCGGUGGCGCGAAGCCGCCAACUCCCGGGCGCUGGCCAAAGCCCUGGCCCAGCAGGAGGCCAGGUUCAUCCAGGAGCGCAACCGCAAGAAGCAGAUGAACCUGGACAUGGCCAACUCCAUCGCGGGCUACCGGGAGUACAAGCAGAAGGAGCACCAGCUCCGGGCCAUGGAGGAGAGCCGCAGCUCCCUGGACACGCUCCAGUCCAGCAAGGAGGCCGACAGGGCCUUCCAGGAGACGCAGCGCUGGGCCGCCCAGAGGAAGCGGGAGGACAGGGCCGUGCUAGACGGCAUGCUCCACCGGCAAAUCGCCCAGAAACAGGCCCAGGAGCAGCUGAGGAAGCAGGAAGAUGAGGAAUUCGACCUGAAGACUCUGGAACUGCUCGCACUGGAAGACCUGGAGUUCCAGAGGUACACCAAAGGCGUCAUCGAUGCGGCGACAGACGCCGACAGGAACACCCUCCCGCUCCGCAAGACCACCUGCAAGGGGACUGGUGUGGGCUUGGGGCCCAUUUCGGGUGGAAUUAGAGCCAAUUAUCUGGUUCCCGGGGCCAACCAUUCUCAAAUACCGCAGUAUUACAACAGCGCGGCUCGCGAUAUCAACAGGUUAUACAGGGCCUCUGAAGACGAGUCUACAGAGCGAAGACUUGGAUUCAUAUGGUGA